CCUAGUUAAUGUUUUUAUCACAUGAAGAUUAGUGUUUCAUGGUGCUAUUAGAUCCAAUGUUAUUUUUUUACGAGAGUAAUCGCUAAAAUUCCAAUGUCAGUUUUUGGCGAAAUACUAAUAAUAUGAACAUUAAUAUUCUCGUUUUAACCAAUAUGUUAAAAUGUUUUUAUACAACAAACCAGCUGCAGCUCAACAGAUAAUAAAUUCUAAAUUCUGACCCACAUUGAAUUAUUAUUAUACAUAUAUAAUUUGUUGUUGGUACAUUUAUAUUAGAUAUUAAAUUAUUAAUGUUAAUAUUAAUUUGCUAUCAAAUCUUACAGCAAUGUCUGAAUAUGAUGAUGAAGACAUGGAUUACUCAGAUCAAGAAGACUAUGAGGAUUAUUACAAUGCAGAUCGUGAUGUUAUGAGUCCGCCUCAUAAUCCUGAUCCUGAGUAUUUUCCUGUACAAUGUUUAUCAGUUGAUGAAGUAGAAAAAUUUUUAAAUGAGCUUGUUGAACAACUGUGUACAAGCAUCCAUGUAACACCUUCAAUGUCAAAAGUUUUGCUCUAUGAAAAUAAAUGGGCAGUACAAGAAGUAAUAUGGAAGUACACUGAAGAUGCUGAUAAGCUUUUAGUUCUUUCGAGAAUGAAAACAUUACAACCAGUUUUAAAUAAAGUAAAAAGUGAAAAAUUUAUAUGUUCAGUUUGUGUAGCACCAAUAGAAGAAAAUAUGAAAACAACGAGUUUAGCAUGUGGGCAUCAAUACUGUAAUACCUGUUGGUGUUCUCAUUUUGAAAAUAAAAUUAAACAAGGUGUUAGUACAGAAUUAUCUUGUAUGGCACUAAAUUGCGAACUUUUAGUACCUGAAGAAAUAGUGUUGUCUACUGUUAAUAAACCAAUUUUAAGAAAACAAUACCAACAUUUUGCUUUCCGCGAGUAUAUUAAAUCCCAUCCAUUGUUACGCUUUUGUCCAGGAGCGAAUUGCAAUGCAGUUAUAAAGUCUAAAGAAAGUUUAGCAAAAAAAGCAAUUUGUACACAAUGUGAAGCAUCUUUUUGUUUUAAAUGUGGUAAUGAUUACCACGCACCUACAGAUUGUGCAACUAUCAAAAAAUGGAUAACUAAAUGUGCAGAUGAUAGCGAGACAGCUAAUUAUAUUACAGCCAAUACUAAAGAUUGUCCAAAAUGUAACAUAUGCAUUGAGAAAAAUGGCGGUUGUAAUCAUAUGCAGUGUUUAAGCUGUAAAUUUGACUUUUGUUGGAUGUGCUUAGGAGAUUGGAAAGCACAUGGCACUGAGUAUUACGAUUGUUCGAAGUAUAGAGAAAACCCACAAAAUGGUUCAGAAUCAGCUAAAGCUCGUGAAGCUUUAAAAAAAUAUCUUCAUUACUAUGAACGUUGGGAAAAUCAUUCAAAAAGUUUGCAAUUAGAGAAACAAACAUUGGAUAAAAUUAAAGAAAGAAUUAAUAGUAAAGUGAUGACAAGUAAAGGUACAUGGAUUGACUGGCAGUAUCUAUUAGACUCUGCUACAUUAUUAGCUAAAUGUAGGUAUACCCUUCAGUACACAUAUCCAUAUGCAUAUUAUUUGGAAAAUGGUCCAAAAAAAGAGCUUUUUGAGUACCAGCAAGCUAAACUAGAAGCGGAAAUUGAAAAUUUAUCGUGGAAAAUUGAAAGAGCAGAAACUACAGAUAGGGGUGAUUUAGAAAACCAAAUGGAUAUUGCUGAAAAAAGACGAGCUACAAUGCUUCAAGAUUUUUUCCAAAUAUAAUUAUAACUACACUCUAUUUAUUAUUAAUACUGAUAUCAACAAUAAUAUAUAAAUAUAAUUUUUUAAACAAAGUUUUUUAUCAUUUUAGAAGUAGUUUAUUAUAAUUUAUGAUAAAUGUAAUAAGAAAGUUUCUUUUCUUGAAAAAAAAACUUAAAAAUGUAACUCGUGUAAGUGUCUUAAUGCUAUACUAUAUUAUUGUAAUAAUAAACAUUACUGAUACUUAA